AAUGGAUGGAUGGAUGGAUAUUCUGAGGUUCCAUUUUUUUUCAAAAGUGGGCUUUGAUGUUAAAUUGCAGAUAGCUAACCAACUGCUGUCUGGCUUGGUCGGGUUAAAUAAGCCUGUAUUAUUACAUCACAUAUAAAGCAAGUGCUUUACGUUUACACCCAGUAAAUUUGUUUGAAACUCUUAUUUAUAGUAGGAAAGGUGACAGCUUUUAAGCAGCUAAAGCACUGAAAAAUCUUCUACUACUUUUCAAUUGUUUACUAGUCAGUAUUUGCAGUAGAACGAAAACAAUAGAUAUGAGAGACAACAUGCAAAACAUUUCAACAAUGAGAGAACAGCGACUUGCUACCAAUAGCUGCUAGCUUUAGCGUUUGCUCUUCCUGUCCUGGGCAGUAUUUGUGCUAUUUGUCAUUAACUUUACAGAACAGAUCUAUCUAUCUAUCUAUCUAUCUAUCUAUCUAUCCAUCCAUCCAUCCAUCCAUCCAUCCAUCCAUCCAUCCAUCCAUCCAUCCAUCCAUCCAUCAGAUAGAUAGAUUCUGUCUCUAGAUACAUUCUAAUUAGCUAGCUGUUUAGCUGUCUGUCUGUCUAGAACGUUUUUGAUGAAUUAGAUCAGUCUUUAUAUUUCUUUUAACUAGUUUAUUUCAUUAUUUUGCUGUACAUCAAAUAUUUUAUGGCCUUGAACUGAUUUCCAUAUUCAGAAAAUUCAUUUGACUUGAAAAGGUAAAAAACAGCAAAAACGUUAAAGAAAUUAAUCUUUCAUAGCCUAAACCUUCUCUCUCGCCAGAUAUCUGAAUUCGUGGUUUCUCUUUUUCCCCACAGCACCCGAAAGCAGCACAGCGAUCAAACCCCACCCCCCAGUCACCGCCCCCGUGGUGAAACGUCACAUCCACGGCUAUUUGCAUGAAGUGUUUUCGUGCUGCAGCUCCAACUCGCCUGCAGAGCGAGAGUCUCCGAGGGCUGAAAGCGAGGGAAGAGUCACAGCGAAAGCAGGAGGAGGCGGAGGAGGAGGGGGAUCCUUCACAUCAUAGAAGAAGCAGGAGGGAAAAAAAAGGAAAUAAUAAAGCGAGCCCUGACAGAAUAGAUCAGGUGUCCGCGGUAAGAGAAACCGGAGAGUCGCCUCUCUUUCGCUGGAAAAUGGAGCUACCCGCCGCUGGAGAGCACGUAUUUGCGGUGGAGAGCAUCGAGAAGAAGCGCAGCAGAAAGGGGAGGGUCGAGUAUCUGGUCAAGUGGAGAGGAUGGUCUCCAAGAUACAACACAUGGGAACCAGAGGAAAACAUCCUGGAUCCAAGGCUGCUUGAUGCUUUCCAAGACAGGGAACGUCAGGAGCAGCUGAUGGGAUACCGCAAGAGAGGACCCAAGCCGAAGCACCUUCUGGUUCAGAUGCCAUCGUUUGCCAGGAGGUCCAACAUCCUAGCGAACCUUCAGGAGGCUUCCUUGGAAGGCAACAGCUGUCAGAAGUCCAGCUCUAUUCAGAUGAUAUGCCCCCAGGCCCCACAGUUCCAGCUGAACAGCAAGAAACUUCACCACUACCAGCCCCUGAUCAGGGAGUGUGAUCCCGAGCAGCAAUCCAACGGCAAGAAAUUCUUCUAUGAGCUCAACAGCAAGAAGCAUCACCACUAUCAACCGGACUUGAAGCAACAUGAGCCUGUUUUUGCUAAGCCAAGGGACGUCAAGGCUCCCGAACUGUCGAACAAAGGAUACAACCUCCCAGCGGUGCUGCAGCAAAAGUGGGUCCGGGACAAAGACUCAGGCUGCCUGACUAAAGUAAAAGACAUCACUAUGGAGCUAAAGAAAAUUCCAGCCGACCUUAAAGGACAGAAAGAGCCAGAGAGAGUGAAACCGAAAGAGGAUGCCUCAACACACUCCAACGGUGUCAGCAGCAGUAAGCUAAAGAUUGUUAAGAACAAGAACAAAAAUGGGCGGAUUGUCAUUGUCAUGAGCAAGUACAUGGAAAACAGCAUGCAGACUGCUAAAAUCAAAAGCAGUGACUCUGAAGGCGCUGAAAGGCCGCUGCAAGGAGCAGAAAGCAGCAUGGAGGGGCGCCUGGCAGAGGUGAAGCUUGUCAAAAAGCUCAGCCUCAUAAACGGUUUCUCGAAGCAACCCAAAGACAACCCAACUGUUCCUACUUCUGGGAUAAAAGCAGAUUGUUGCAAAGAGAAAGAAUUGUCCCCUCAAACAGAGCGGACUGUAAUGGAACAGGACAAAGGUGCCGAGGGGCAGCUUCCACAGGAUAAGCCAUUACAGCUGACAAAUAAGCCUGACGAACUGCCCCUGCCCUCAGAGAGGGAGGUUCCAGACAAAAGAGGAAUCCAGAACGGCCAUCACGGACUAAAGCGACACCUUUCCGACACAGACGCUGAAGAACAAGGACUGGGUAAGAGGUUUUUAAGUUACAGGAGUAUCAGCGCUCCCAACACAGAUUCCUCGCCCUCCCAGAGUUUCAUUGUUGACAGAAACGAACAACAGAGUCCAGCUUUACUGCACAACUAUGGCUAUGCAGACCAAGAGGAACCCAUGGACCUCAGCAUAGUCAAAUCGAGGCCCACGUCUUUAGUCUGUGUGGGGACUGAACCAGAGACGCGAGCUGAGGAGCCAGCCCAUCCACCAGAUGACAGUCGAACACAGGCAGACACACAAACAGAGAGCCAGACUGAAACACACAAUCUGUCAGAGGAGGAGAGCGCUGACAUUGUGUCUGACUCCAACCACCAAGCAAGAAAAGACGAGGCGUUUCCUUCUUUCCAGCCAUGCCUUGGGAAUAUAGUCAUCACGGACAUUACUGCCAACUGCCUCACCGUUACCUUUAAGGAAUACGUAACAGCAUAACACAACUGGACACCACCUGAGGGACUGACAUAUGACAUAUUUGUAUUUUCUGAUUCCUGAAUGUACAAAUGAAGCUUUGAUGUUGUUUUCAUUUUGUAAAACUCAGAUUUAAACACAAGGGUAAAAAAAAAAGACUCUUAGUUCUCUUCUUGCAUAUUUUCGAAGUAUAAACCCAACCUGUUGGUAUUUCACAUUUCCAACCUAAUCCAAGCUGCAAAAUUUUAUGAAAUAAUUGAUGAAACUCUAGCCUAACAUGCGCUUACUUUUGUAGACAGUCUUCAUUUUUCUAUGGAUGUGAUUUGAUUUGUACACUCAACCUGUCUACUUUCGGAUUACGGAUAAAUGUAGGCUUUAAAGGGAGCUUUUGUAAGGUAGAAAAUUAUAUUAAAUCAAGGUACAUUACACUGUGUCAGAGUGUGUGCGUGUGUGAGUGUGAGAUGGACUGUUUUUAAAAAGGAUGCCUGCUGCUUGGAUGUUGAUGAUGCCAUUAGGCAUGCUUAGACAGGCAGAUACAGAAAAAGAAAUGAAGCACCUUCACUGUCAAUUUGUGUCAUAGAAACAGAAGAUCAUUUGUGGUCACCGUUUGAUCUGUUUGAAAGACUUCCUCUCCAUUCACAACCCCUGGGAACUUAAACUGAGCACAAGUCACUUCCAUUAAGUUUGCGGUGUCUGUUUAACCUACUGACAGGAUCUUGUUUUAGUGGAACAUCAGGCAUAAUCAACUUUGGAGAAAACAGCAGCGAUUUUAAGUGUGUUACAAGCCCAUUUCAGACAACAGUUUGUCCUUCUGGCUGCAUGGGAUCUGAGGUGCUUUGAGAGAACGUGCGCACUUAUAUGUGCAGACUAAAAACAGGAGGUUUCCUGUGAUACUUAUUGCAAUAAAAAUGUUUUGCAAGA